GUGUGGGGGCACAGUCGGUGCUAUCUUCACGUGUCCACUGGAAGUCAUCAAGACCAGGCUGCAGUCCUCGCGGUUGGCUCUGCGGACCGUCUAUUACCCGCAGGUUCACCUGGGGACCAUCAGUGGUACCGGGGUGGUGAGACCAGCCUCCGUGACGCCGGGCCUCUUGCAGCUUCUCAAGUCAAUCAUGGAGAAGGAGGGACCAAAGUCACUUUUUAGAGGCUUGGGUCCAAACUUGGUCGGAGUUGCACCCUCAAGGGCUGUGUACUUUGCAUGUUACUCCAAAGCCAAAGAGCAAUUUAACGGCAUUUUCGUGCCUAACAGCAAUAUUGUGCAUAUUUUCUCCGCUGGUUCUGCAGCUUUUGUCACAAAUUCCUUAAUGAACCCUAUAUGGAUGGUCAAGACCCGGAUGCAGCUAGAGCGGAAAGUGCGGGGCUCCAAGCAGAUGAACACACUCCAGUGUGCGCGGUACGUGUACCAGACCGAGGGUGUCCGAGGCUUCUACCGAGGGCUGACCGCCUCCUACGCCGGGAUCUCGGAAACCAUCAUCUGUUUCGCUAUUUAUGAGAGCUUGAAGAAGUACCUGAAAGCAGCUCCACUGGCUUCUCCCGCAAAUGGAACUGAGAAAAAUUCCACGAGUUUUUUAGGACUCAUGGCAGCUGCUGCUCUUUCUAAGGGAUGUGCCUCCUGCAUUGCUUAUCCGCACGAGGUGAUAAGGACGCGGCUCCGGGAGGAGGGCACAAAGUAUAAGUCCUUCGUGCAGACGGCGCGCCUGGUGUUCCGUGAGGAAGGCUACCUGGCCUUCUACAGAGGGCUGUUCGCCCAGCUCGUGCGGCAGAUCCCGAACACGGCCAUCGUGCUGUCCACCUACGAGCUCAUCGUGUACCUGUUGGAGGACCAUGCGCAGUAGCAGCCACACACUGUGCUUAGAAUAAAACUGAGAAACUCCAAGAUCUUUGUUCCGUUGCUGUGUAGCGUGUCCAAGGCGGACACAGGAGAGGCCAUAGCGUGUCUGGUUCGUGUCACCGUGGUGGACAUUUCCUUUUGGAUUCGUGCUUUCUGGAAGGUUUGAAUUCAUUAACGUUAAUAGUUAAUUAUAACUUUUUUUUUUAACUUAAGAGGAUUCAGGAUUACGCAGCAACUAAAUUAAAUCAUGCUAUUUAAUUAAGUA